UUCGUAUAAAUAGUGUAUGUUGCAUGACGCCAAGCAGCAAAAUACCGACAGUAGCUAAAAUGACUCUGUUGCUAUCGCUCAGCUGACUCAAGUUGAAGCAUCAUCGUUAAUAUCAUUCAACAUUCUGUGUGAGAUACGGACAGACACGUUUUUUCCUACUUAGUAGAAGCUUUAUUUAAAGAACAACCAUUACCUUACAACAUGGAUUUUCAACUUCUCCUCGGCAUUGCUGCAAUACUUCUCGCGAUCUAUUAUUACUAUAGCUCGGUUUAUGACACCUGGAAGAGUCGUGGCGUACCUGGACCAAAACCGUCAAUAUUUGUUGGCAAUUUUGUGGAUCUUCUCCUUAAAAGACAGGCCGUAGCCACAAUUGUGAAAAAUUUCUACAACGAGUACAAAAGUGAACCGGUCUUUGGUAUAUACGAAGGAACAUCACCGAUUCUUGUUAUUAACGACUUAGACUUGAUCAAGGAUGUUCUCAUCAGAGACUUCUCUUUAUUCGUGGACAGAGGAUUCAAAGUACUUGAAAAGAUAGAGCCAUUGUCGCAGCAUCUCUUCCUUUUGGAAGCCAAGAGGUGGCGACCACUGAGAACGAAGUUAUCACCAAUAUUCACCUCCGGUAAACUGAAAGAGAUGUUCCCACUUAUAACAGAGUGCGCGGGAAAUUUAGAAAAAUAUUUAAACAACAUAGUAGAAAAGGAUGUGCCAGUAGUAGAGUGUCGUGAUUUGGCUGCAAAAUUCACGACCGACGUGAUCGGGAGCUGUGCAUUCGGGAUCAGCAUGAAUGCUCUUGAAGAUGAGAACAGCGAAUUCCGAAGAAUGGGCAAACAAAUUUUCACUCCCAAUAUAAAACAGACUAUUCGAGAAUCUUGCAGACGACUUACACCAUUUCUGUUUAGCGUAGUUGGUUACUUUUUACGGAUGACGGAGAUGAACAACUUUUUCAUAAAUCUGGUUCGUGACACAAUGGAAUAUAGGAAGACGAAUAAUAUAGUAAGACCAGAUUUUAUUUACCAGCUGAUGCAACUGAAAGAACAUCCGGAAAAGAUGGAAAAUGUUGAACUAACCGACUCCCUAAUUGCCGCGCAAGCGUUUGUCUUUUUCAUUGCUGGAUUCGAAACGUCUUCGUCGACGAUAGCGCAUGCUCUCUAUGAAUUAGCACAAAAUCAGGAAAUACAAGAUAAAUUACGGGAAGAAAUUAGAGAUGCGUACGACAAAGAUGGUGGAACUCUGACGUACGAAGGUAUCAAAGGAAUGAAAUAUUUGGACAAAGUGUUUAAAGAGACACUAAGGAAGUAUCCAAUACUGACGAUAUUAAGCAGGCAAGCAAUGGAGAAUUAUACGUUUAAAGGCACAAAAAUCACCAUACCAAAAGGAACAAUAGUAUGGAUACCAGUAUAUGGUAUCCAACACGAUUCAAAUAUUUAUUCAGAUCCUGAGAAAUUCGAUCCGGAAAGAUUUAACGAGGAUCCUGUUGCUGCCAGACAUCCUAUGAGCUAUCUACCCUUUGGCGAUGGACCGCGAAACUGCAUUGGUGCCCGAUUCGCCAAUUAUCAAAGCAAGGUCGGUCUUGCAACGAUUCUGCACAAUCACAAAGUCGAUGUUUGCGAGAAAACCAAAAUUCCAUACGAACCGGACAAACAGGCAUUUUUGUUAACGCUCGCCGGCGGGAUAAAUUUAAAGAUAACUAAAGCACAAUGUAUAUUAGCUACUUAUAGAUUGUUAUUAAAUCUUUAUCAGUCGGCAUCGGUGUUCCUGAACUUUUCUUUUCGUGAAAUCUCGUUCGACAUGGACUAUUUUCAACUACUGUGUGGCAUUUCCAUACUACUUCUUGCGAUCUAUUAUCAUUACUCUUCAUGCUACAACUUCUGGAAAAGUCGCAAUAUACCUGGACCAAAACCGAUAAUCUUCUUUGGCAACUUUCUGGACGUUCUUCUUAAAAGAGAAUCGAUGGCCGAUUGGAUGAAGAGAUUGUACGACCAAUAUAAGAAUGAACCAGCUUUUGGAAUAUACAUAGGAACAUCACCAUUUCUGAUGCCCAACAACCUAGAUAUGAUUAAAGAUAUUCUCAUCAAGGACUUCUCUUUAUUCGCUGACCGAGGAUUUAAAAUAUAUGAUGAAAAAAUAGAACCAAUACAGCAAAAUCUCAUCAUGUUAGAAGCUGAAAGAUGGAGGCCGUUGAGAGCUAAACUUUCGCCGGUAUUCACAUCCGGCAAGCUCAAAGAAAUGUUCCCACUUAUAACAGAAUGCGCGGAAAAGUUGGAGAAACACUUGGAAAAAUUAGCGCAGAAGGAUGAACCAGUGGAGUGCCGUGAGUUGACUGCAAAAUUCGGGAUCGAUUCGAUCGGUAGCUGUGUUUUUGGACUAAACAUGAAUGCUCUCGAGGAUAAGAACUCUGAAUUUCUUCGAAUGAGCAAACAAAUUUUUGCAGUUAACGCGAAACAGAUAAUUCGAGAUUUUUGUAGAGAAUUUACACCACUCUUGUAUAAAAUAAUUGGUUCUUACCUGCAACCAAAAGAAGUCAAUGACUUUUUUGUAAAUUUAUUUAUCGAUACGGUGAAGUACAGGAUGGAUAAUAACAUAAUCAGACCAGAUUUUGUGCACUUGCUGAUGGAACUGAAGAAACACCCGGAUAGAGUUAACAAUAUUGAACUCACAGACGCGUUGCUUGCCUCGCAAACUUUCGCAUUUUUCGUCGGUGGAUUCGAAACAACUUCCUCAACGAUGUCACAUGCUCUUUACGAGUUAGCACAAAAUCUCGAAAUACAAGACAAACUAAGAGAAGAAAUUAGAGACGUCUACGACAAAAGUAAUGGAGUUUUGACAUACGCAGAUAUCAAAAGAAUGAAAUACUUGGACAAAGUACUUAAAGAAACACUAAGAAAAUACCCGCCAUUACCUAUGCUAAACAGACAAGCGAUGGAAAAUUAUACAUUUAGAGACACGAACAUUUCCAUACCAAAAGGAACAGAUAUAUUUAUAUCAAUAUAUGCCAUUCAAAAUGAUUCAAAUGUAUAUCCGGAUCCUGAGAAAUUCGAUCCUGAAAGAUUUAACGAGGAUGCUGUCGCCGCUAGGCAUCCUAUGAGUUAUCUGUCUUUUGGCGAUGGACCAAGAAACUGCAUUGGUGCCCGUUUCGCGCAAUAUCAAAGCAAAGUUGGACUUGCAACGAUUCUCCGUAACCAUAGAGUCGAUGUCUGCGAGAAAACCAAGAUUCCUUAUGAAAAUGACAUUCAUGCCUUUAUAUUGACGCUGAAAGGAGGAGUGUAUUUGAAAAUAGCUAAGGCAUAAAAAAAAAUUAUUCUUAUACUUAU